AUGUAUGCAUUUACUCUUUUGUAUCCAAAUAUCAAUAAUUUGGAUGAAGUAAAGGAAAUUGCAUUGAAGGCAUGCUUAGACAGCGAUUUUGAUGAUGAAAGCCAGAUAAAUGCUCUAAAUAGCGGUUGUGGUGUGCAUUCGAUGUAUUCCUGCAUUAAGAAAAAUUACAUGAAAGUCAUGCUGCAAUUGGAAGGCAAAAAAUUACACGACUUUCUAAGAUUGAGGAGGCGAUUUGCCAAGAAAAAUCACGCUAUUUCUGAGUUUUGCAGGUUUAAGCUUGUGGCUACUCUCGAUAGUAGUGGCCCAACUUACGAGCUUGUAGAUGGAAUGCACAGAGAAACGAUUGAGACAAAGCAUAGCAGAUGUCCUUUUUGCAACAUGAGUGUGCCAGUCAAUGCCAUGACUAUGCACCUGAAAGAAGCAAAGUGUGGGCAAGAAAGCUCGGCCACCGAAGGAAAAGUGACUGUUUUGUUUGAUAAAGGGGUCAAAACGGAAUAUGAACAGCUUGUGUUUGAUGCCAUGAGUGUUAGAAUGCUGAAAAGAAUGGUUUAUGACAGAACAGGGGUGUCUGUUAGCAAACAGACUAUGUAUAGGGGAGACACAGCAUUGAAGAAUGAUGAGAUUGUUACUAACGAGACGAUUGUCUUAAGGCAAAAGAGGCGUGAGCAGAGAUAA